ACCCGGCAGCUCCCGCCCCCUCCGCCUCCUGGCGAUGAGCGUCGUGGGAGCCUUCCCCGGCCCCCCCCGGCCCCUAUGGAUGGCAGUGCUCCAUCGUUGCCGGCUGUGCCCAUCGCCAACCCCGACAUCACAGCCUCCCGCUACCGAGGGCUGCCCGGCCCCACGGCAGGAAGCCCCACAGCAGGCAGCGAGCGGAAGAAGGGCCGCAAGAAAAUCUCCAAGGCCGACAUUGGAGCCCCGUCUGGCUUCAAGCACGUCGGCCACAUCGGCUGGGAUCCUGCCAAUGGCUUUGAUACAGCAGCGCUGGACCCCGACCUGCGGGCUCUGUUCGCACGCGCCGGCAUCAGUGAGGCGCAGCUGGCAGACGCUGAGACCUCGCGCCUCAUCUACGACUUCAUCGAGGGGCAGGGGGGGCUGCAGGCCGUCAAGGAGGAGAUGCGGCGCCAGGGCCCACAAGGCAGAGGGGCCACCCCACCUCCUCCUCCUCCUCCUCCCUCCGGACCCCCACGGGCUCGCGGUGGGCCGCUGCCUCCCCCCCCACCGUCUGGGGGUCCUCCUCCCCCUCCACGUGGGGGACCCGGCCCGGCUUCCGCAACUCGACCCGUGGCUCCGCCCCCUCCGCGAGGCUCCGCCCCUCCGUGUGCCGCCGCCUCUGUGGCUCCGCCCCCUCCUCCCCCACCUCUGCCCCCCCCCAGCGGGAGCCCCUCGGUGGUGGGCGGCCCUCCGGCGCGGGGGGCGCUCCUGGAUCAGAUCCGGCAGGGCGUGACGCUGAACAAGACCCCCGAAGCCCCCGAAGGCGGCGCUGGGGGAGUUGCGGCGGGAGGGCUGGUGGGCGCUCUGAUGGAUGUGAUGCAGAAGCGGAGCCGCGUCAUUCACUCCUCAGACGAAGGAGAGGACGGCGAUGAGGACGACGAGGACGAAUGGGAUGAAUGACGGCUCCGCAGCGCUCCCUGGCGGCCGCGGCGCUUUGCGCCCUCCGCCCGACCCCCGAUUGGAAAUAAACGGCGGCGGAUGAGCGAUUAAUUAUGGCAGCACUGCCCGUUAAUGAGCUCUAGGAGGGAUUGAGCGGCGUUAAUUGGCGUAAGGAGGGUUCGCGGCCUUUCAGCCCGGUUAAUCGAUGGGUAAUACGCGUAAAGUUAAUUAACAACGAGCGGUUACGAGCGGCAAUUAAAGGCGAAAGGCUCCCAGAA